AGCUGGUUAGCUGAACACUGACGGACAAUGUAGAGAUCUUCUGUUUCCUUGAGGGGAAGAAUAAUGUUAAUAAUGUGUUAAGGUUUAAUAAACGCAAAUAUCAGUAACUAGAUAAAUCUGAAACUGGAUAAAAUAUCGAGAACGGGAGAUGAAAUGACAACGUCAACAUUACAGAAAGCGAUUGAUCUGGUGACCAAAGCCACAGAGGAGGACAAAGCCAAGAACUAUGAGGAGGCACUGCGGCUCUACCAGCACGCCGUGGAGUACUUCCUACAUGCCAUCAAGUAUGAAGCCCACAGUGAUAAAGCAAAGGAGAGCAUUCGAGCAAAGUGCAUGCAGUACCUGGACCGAGCAGAGAAGCUGAAGGAUUACCUGAAGAACAAGGAGAAGCAGGGCAAGAAACCUGUGAAGGAAACACAGAGCAAUGACAAGAGUGACAGUGACAGUGAAGGAGAGAACCCAGAGAAGAAGAAGCUUCAGGAGCAUCUGAUGGGUGCUAUAGUGAUGGAGAAACCCAAUGUGAGCUGGAAUGAUGUUGCUGGGUUAGAAGGAGCUAAAGAGGCGCUGAAGGAAGCUGUGAUUCUACCCAUCAAAUUUCCUCACCUCUUCACAGGUAAGCGCACUCCUUGGAGAGGGAUCCUGCUGUUCGGGCCCCCGGGGACAGGAAAAUCAUACCUGGCUAAAGCAGUCGCUACAGAGGCUAACAACUCCACCUUCUUCUCCGUCUCAUCAUCUGAUCUCCUGUCCAAAUGGCUCGGAGAGAGUGAGAAGUUGGUGAGGAACCUGUUUGAGCUGGCGCGGCUGCGUAAACCCUCGAUUAUAUUUAUAGAUGAGGUGGAUUCUCUGUGUGGGUCGAGGAGUGAGAACGAGAGUGAAGCGGCUCGCCGGAUUAAAACCGAGUUCCUGGUACAGAUGCAGGGUGUUGGGAACAAUAAUGAUAAGAUCCUGGUUCUGGGUGCCACCAACAUCCCCUGGGUUCUCGACGCUGCCAUCAGGAGAAGGUUUGAGAAGCGGAUCUACAUCCCCCUCCCUGAGGAGCCGGCGAGGGCGGCUAUGUUCCGGUUACAUUUAGGGAACACCCCCCACAGUCUGAGUGACGCCGACCUGCGGGAACUCGCUCGCAAAACUGACGGAUAUUCGGGCGCCGACAUCAGCAUCAUCGUCAGAGACGCACUAAUGCAGCCUGUACGCAAAGUGCAGUCCGCUACACACUUCAUA